UGUGUGUGUCGGUCAGUUUAGUUUCUGUUACGUUAGCGUCAAGUCAGGACGUGCUUUCCCUCACAAAUCAUACAUAGCUAGAUAUACAUUGCAGUUACAAGAUUCGGCAAUCAGUCUGUCACGACAGCCUUUCAGAUUGUGAUUGACACCGACUCAUAAUUCUGAAACUCUCUGCAAAAUACUGCAAUGAUUAUUGGAAUACUCAAAUUCAUAUAAAUCUUUUCAAAUUUUUCAGUUAGAAUUUUGUGUUUGUAACGUGAAAAGAAGUGCAAUUAUGUGAAUGAACGAUCGAUAGUUUUAAGGAAGGCAAACGUGUGGUAUAAAUAAAAUGCAUACUAUCGAUCGAUGUUUUCGACUUUUGAAGGUGAGUAGCAGAAGAAGAGUCAUAAUUAUUCUUGGAAUCAUUGGUGGACUCUUCUUGGCAUUGAAUUAUGUCGCAUCCAAUCAUGAAUUCACCAAUAAACGCUUCUUGCCUGAAAAUAAAAAUCAGGAUAAGACGAUUUUAAUAAGCCACCCCCGUCGAUAUGAUUUCGUGACAGAACUGACUACUCCCACCAUCACCACCAACAGCGAAAUUGGCAUCAUCAGUACCAUUACGCAUUACGAAGAUGAUCGAGUGAAUGAAUCGUCGUACAAAGAAAUGGACAAAAUUAUUAAUGAAUACGAACCUUUUCGUGACCAAUUUGUAGGUUUUGAAUCAGUUAACUCUGAAAUAAAUAAAAACCAAAAUAUUUUCAAAAACGAAAUGUUUUCAUUCUCCUGUGAAACGAAAAGCUUGAGACGAGCUCAGAAGCGGAAUAAGAACCUUGUAGUGUAUGAGAAUUUUGUUAUCUCAACUCUCAGCAUGGAGUUAGAGUGUCAUCAAUCAAUAACUUAUACAACUCAUGGGGAUUAUAGAUAUUUAGACAAUUUGAUUCCAUUAGUUGACCGCUGGGCUGGACCGGUAUCUAUCGCUAUUUACUCGCCAGGAGACGAUUUGAAGCGUACAUUAAAAAUAAUCAGCUUUCUCCGAGAUUGUAAUUUUCAAAAGAUUAAGCAAUUUGUAACGUUUCACUUAUUUUUCGACGUGUUGUACUCAGAAAGCCCUGUUUAUGGUGAGCAGUUCCAGUGGCUGGAUUCAAUGUAUCAAAAAGAACGUUGGGAAAAUUGUUCGAUAAAACCAGACCCUGUUAAACUACGCAAUGAAAAUACUUUCAGAAUGAAACACGGAUUAUUGUAUCCUGUAAAUGUCGCAAGAAAUAUUGCGAGAGCAGCAGCACUUACACAUUUCGUGCUCCCAAGUGACAUCGAACUCUAUCCCAGCAUAAAUCUAAUCCGAACAUUUUUCGAAAUGCAUUACGAAGAGAACAAGAAUAAUGAGAAGCCUGUGAUCAUGCCCGCACGACAAGUGUUUGUCCUGCCCAUAUUCGAAAUCGAAAAAGGAGUGAUGCCACCGCAGACCAAAUCAGAGCUUGUGCAUCUACUUCAAAUUGGAGAAGCUAUUCCUUUCCACUAUAAAAUUUGUAAGGAAUGUCAUUUAAUUCCCAAAUUUAUCGAGUGGAAUCAAAUGCCACUGCAUCCUGAAAAGCUUCAAGUUUUUCAUACAGCCAAGAGAAAGCCACCCUUUCAGUUUUGGGAGCCGAUUUAUAUCGGCACCAAGUACGAUCCUCAGUAUGACACGAGAUUGUCAUAUGAGGGAUUGCGAGACAAAAUGACUCAGGGAUACAUUUUGUGUGCCUUGGAUUAUAAGUUCCUAAUUCUGGACAAUGCCUUCCUCAUUCACCGACCUGGAGUGAAAAAGUCUAUGCAUGAGAUAACAAAAACAGUAGUGAGACAAGACAGACUUAUUAAUCUAAAGAUUAAAGUAGAACUUUUUAAAAGAUUUGGAAAACAAGAGGGUUGUACAUUAUAAGUGCAUUCAGCAAUAUAUCAUUCGAAACUGUAA